AUGUCUCGCGCCAGCGUUGCCGACUUUGUCGACUCCUUUUUCACUCGCACCCUAUUCCAGGCUGAUGACACUCUCGCAGCCUCGGUGCUAGAUACAGACCUUUCUCCAGAUGUCGAAAUAGUCAUCAACGGAACACGCUUCACAAAAGCCACAUUUGUGACCCUCAUCACGGAACAGUUCCGCUCUACUUUUGUUGCAUCAGUCACUGAAAUUAAAGACUUGAAUAUUUUGACUACAAAUGACGCUGGUUCUACGGGCGUGGUUGCGCAAUGGACUUCAUAUGUGACUAAAGGCAAGGACGAUGGGAAGGAUAUCAAGCAGAGCGCAACGACGGUGGUUAGGGUUGAAGAGAUUGAUGGGAAGCAUGUAGUGACUGGUCUUUGGGAGGCGCAAACUUCGGAAUGA